UCCGUGCACAUACUCCACCAAAAAGUCUCGGUGGUGUUGGAUUUUUGCCAAAGACCGCCAGGCGACAACCACCAACUAAACAGGAUUUUCCUACUCAGCCAUAGCAAACAUGGCCGACGAUGGCAUGCUCCUCAAUUUCUCGAUACCCGAAUCCGGAAUUCUUAACAAGCCAAAAUUCAAGGGCGGGGCCUGGCGAGAUCGUCUGACAGCGAAAAAGGCUGCCGCUAAUUGGCAUUCGAAAGCAACAGAACGCCUCACCGGAGAGAAGGCUUCGCCAAAAGCCAACACAAAAGCGACGAACGUGAACCGCACAGAGCUAGGACCACGAACCCAGGCAGCGCCGUAUCCAACAGAUUUCGAUAUAGAAAGACCAGCCAAACGACCGCGUGUGGGAGAAGGCGUGAAGACAAAGUUUGAUGAUAAUGAUGCGCCGACCGCAGAGUUCCGCCCACAAUCGAAUGCAGGUGUUACAAAGAAGCCAGGGAAUCAGCAGGAUUCUGGGAAAGGCGGGAAACAGAUCGUCUCCUCGCUCUUCUCGUACAACCCCACCUCGACAACCAAAUCGCAGCCACAGCCUGAGAACGAUGAAGUUAUCGAACCGUCCAACGCCCCCCUCAAGAGCGAACUCGAUACAUUUACUUCGCUUGGUAUAUCUGAAUCGCUCGCCACACAUUUGCUCAAGAAGAUGGACUUGAAAGCGCCAACGGCGAUUCAAAAGUCGGCAAUUACGCAGUUGCUCAAAGACGACUCGGAUGCAUUCAUACAGGCCGAAACUGGUUCAGGAAAGACGCUAUCAUAUCUUCUGCCUAUAGUGCAAAGGCUCAUGGAGCUGUCGGCCAAUAUGAGAAAGCGAAAGGUAGACGAGUCAGUGUCUCGGCAAUCUGGGUUGUUCGCUAUUGUGUUGGCUCCAACGCGAGAAUUGAGCAAACAGAUUGCGACUGUGUUGGACAAUCUUUUGCGGUGUGCUCACUGGUUGGUGGCCACAACUGUGAUUGGUGGUGAGAAGAAGAAAUCUGAAAAAGCACGUCUAAGGAAGGGUAUCAACAUUUUGGUUGCCACGCCCGGUCGGCUUGCAGACCAUCUGGAACAUACAGAAGCGCUGGAUGUCAGUAAUGUGAGGUGGCUCGUGCUGGACGAGGGCGAUCGCCUGAUGGAGCUGGGCUUCGAAGAAGAGAUCCAGAAGAUUGUUGGCAACCUGAACAACCGAAUGCGAGUUAAGAAAGAUGCCAGAUCCGCGAUACCUGGUCUACCAAGCAAGCGAACCACAGUCCUUUGUUCCGCAACCAUGAAGAUGGAUGUUGAACGGCUAGGACAGAUCAGUCUGAAAGACGCUGUACACAUAAAGUCUGAUCCGGCACUACUCGCAGAAAACGGCGAGUCGGAAGAGCAAGAAGAGCAAGGCUUCUACGCUCCAGCGCAAUUGAAGCAAUCAUAUGCGGUAGUUGCGCCAAAACUGCGCCUCGUUACUCUCAUCAGUUACCUCAAGCGCGCAUUCGCGCGGAAAGGCUCAGUCAUGAAGGCGAUUGUCUUCAUCUCUUGUGCUGACUCGGUUGAUUUUCACUUUGAUAUACUCACAAGCAAACUCGAGGAUGACGAGGAAGAUUCUAAGGAAAAGGAAAAGGACAAAGCAAAAGAUCCUGAGCCAGAUUCCGACAAGAAGAAGGGACCGAAAGCCGUGACCCAGGCAGACCCAACGAAACUCGCAGUAACUCACGCCGAAUCUCCAACCCUUUCGUCCAAGACUCAUGCUGUCAUGACCUACCGCCUCCACGGCUCACUCCCGCAAUCACUUCGUACCUCCACGCUCGCACACUUCAGCAAGAACACCGAAGCCUCUAUCCUUCUCGCCACCGAUGUCGCCUCUCGCGGUCUCGAUCUCCCCAACAUCGACCUCGUCAUUGAAUUCGACCCAGCUUUCGCCCGGGAAGAUCAUCUCCAUCGUAUCGGUCGUACGGCGCGUGCCGGACGAGAUGGACGAGCUUGUAUCUUCCUCAUGCCAGGUUGUGAGGAAGGCUAUGUCGAGAUACUCGCCAAUGACCGUAAGAAAGACAACAGUGAGACGGGCGCGUACCACAUCGGCCGACAAGAUGCCGACGAGAUUCUCAAGCGCGGUCUCAUUACUUCAGGUGUCGUGUCGACCAAAGAUGGCGCAAAGACGGCCUUUAUGGAGAAGGCUACGGACCUCCAGCUCGCUGUCGAGCGCUGGGCCUUGGCGUCGCCGUCCCGCCUCGAGGCUGCCCGUCGCGCGUAUCAGGCUCACGUCCGUGCCUAUGCCACCCACGUUGCUGCUGAACGCGGCUAUUUCGACAUCAAGCAGCUGCAUCUAGGUCAUCUUGCCAAAGCUUUCGCUCUAAGGGAGCGCCCUAGCGGCAUGAAAGUUCCUGGAUUGCGAACUGGGACAGGCAGGGAGGACAAACGACCUGCUAAGAUUCGAGGUGCGGCAACGGCGGAGAAGAAGGCCGCUGCUGCUGCUGGGGAAGGAGGCAAGGCUGAUCUCCGUGAGGAUGUCAAGGAGUUGGAUGACAGUGAGGAGGCGAAGAAGAUGAGAAAGGCGGUUAGAGCUAGGGAGAAGUUUAUGCGGCAUGCGGGUAUGGCUGCCGAGUUCAAUUUGGGUUGA